AUGUUGCAAGAUAAUGCGAUUCAUAACUUUAACUUAUCUUUCGGACCUAAACAAUAAACUACAAAUGCUAAAGUCUGUUAUAAAGAGACACCUGAAUCCAAUAUUUCAUUAUAAUCAGAAGAAUUGUUAUCUCCCUUUAGAGAAAACUCGCCUUAAAAUUGGCAAAGGAAGAAGAUUACAUACUAAAAUUCUUUCAACACUUUAGAUAAAUAACAUAUUUUAUAGUUGCAAUAAACAUUGAGACCGAAAGCUCAAACUUCUUAAAUUGUUAAAUUUUUAAAAGUCACAAAAACUAUGGGGAUUGUGUAAAGAUUUAAGACCAAUCUAUUCUUAAAUGCUUAUAUACUUCCUAAGAAAUAAUAGGAGCAGUUUUAAAAGCAAGAAAAGUAUACAAACACUGUUGUUUAGAACGACUCAAAAAGUAUAAUCGUUUUUCAAUUUUAUAGAAAGAAACCAUCAAAGUAAAUAAAUCCCUCUUAUUUCACCCUCAAGUCCAAUUUCAUAAAUCUUUGACAUGAUGAGCAUCAUUGUUCAAUUAAUGGCUUUAUGGAUAAUUUCCAUUAUGGCUGUAUUUACUAAUGUAGAUGAUAAUCAAGCUCAUAUUAUUCUAUUUAUAAUCGCCUUUCUUGUAAUCGAACUCAUAUUCUCACUCAAUAGAGCAAUCAUAAUACAAGGUCUGAUUAUAGAAGAUCGAUCAAUUAUAUUUUAAAAUUUUGUUAAACAAUCAUCAUUUCUAUAUUCACUAGAAAUCAUAAUAUGUGUUUACAUAUCAUUCAACAAGAACUUUUUACAAAAUAAUGGAGCCAUCCUGUUGCUCAUAUUGUUGGCAGUCAUUAUUGGAAGGAUAUUAUAAUAAUACGAUAAUUUAAUUGAUACAUUAUAUUAACUCUCUAUUCCUAGCGAUCUAUUGGAUCUCAUCACUUUAAUUAUUUCAAUAUACUAUUUUGCUCAUUUUAUCGCAUGUUGUUGGUUAUAUUGCGGUUUGCUUUAAGAAGAAAACGGAUCCUGGAUAACAUAUUAUGAAUUAUCAAAUCAGGAUAUCUGGAUUAAAUAUAGUACUUCAUUCUACUGGGCAACUAUGACCAUGGUAACUGUUGGAUAUGGUGAUAUCACUCCAAAAAAUUAGACAGAAAUGAUUUUUUGUGAUAUUGCUAUGUUUUUAUCAAGUUGUGUUUUUGCAUAUUCUAUGAAUUCGAUUGGAAUCAUACUCAAAAAUAUUAAUGAUAAGAAAGUCAAUUAUAAGUAUGCUAUUGAAAUAUCAUUAGAAAGAGAGCCAUCAUUCUCAAUUAGUACAUGAAGAAGAAUGAUAUAUCCAAUCACAUUUAGGAUAAAGUUAGGAAUUAUUUAAAAUAUCAGAUUGAGAAUGAGUAUAAUGAAAUUCAAAAAGAUGCCAUCUAAAUAUUGAAGUAAUUACCAAAAGGAAUUGAAUAAGAAAUCUCUCAGAAUAUUAACAACAGAAUUUUGUAGAAGAUUAAAGUCUUUGACUAAUUCACCAAAUGGACCAAAUCAGAAUUGAUUGAUAAAAUUGAAUUAGCUAGUUACACACCUGGAGAAUACAUUUAUCAUUAAGAUACCAAUCAAAAUAUUGAAAUGUAAAUAUUCAUAUUUAUUUUACAUCAGAUAUUAUGUUUAUCAAGGUUCUGUAAAUAUUAUGGAAGAGUAAAGCCAAUAGAAUAUUUAGUAGUUGAAACAAGGAGAAGUGUUUGGUGAGUUUUAAUUUUUUACUGGUUUCAAUCCUAAAGUGUCUGCCAUAAGUAAUGGUUUCUCAAUAAUUGCUAAAAUUAAGAGGGAGACUUUUCUUAAGAUACUACAGGAUGUUAAAAAAGAUUAGGAAAAAUUUCACUAAAUCAAAGAUAAAAUCUUGUUAUACAAUGAUUACAGUGAUCUUAUGAUCUGUUGUAAGUUUUGUAAAAAGAUAUCUCACAUAUUUUACCUAUGCCCCAUGUUAUCAUAUCAACCAGAUAUGGAAUCUAGGUUAAAGAAGGAAGAACUGUAUCCCUAAUAUUAAGAGAGGUAGCCAUUCAAAAGAGGAAUUUUAAAAAAGAAGAAUUCAUUGGUAUUGCAAAAAGAAACCUUUGAUAACAUUAAGGAAUAUUAAGAAAUCAAUGGAAUAGAUUAGAUAGAGGAUAAUCUAUAAAGUGAAAUAUAGACUAAUUCACUCAAUGAAGAAUAACUAUAUCCUAUUAAUGAAAAUCAAUAAAGCAUGAAAAACAUAAAUUUGGUACCAAAAAACCCAUAGAUGAUGACCAGAACUUCAAGAUUAUCAAUUAAUUAAAAUCAUUUUGGGUUUUGCAGACAGUCUGUUAUUUAAACUUCUAAGGACAAAUACAAUGUAAAAGUGAAUUAAAAUUAAUUAACUAUUUCUAAUCAUAAUAGCCCACCAAAGAAUAUCAAUGAAUCCAAAAGAAUAAUCUAAUGGAAAAUGUUAGAUAGCUUCAUUGAUUAACUACAAUUUCAUUAUUUAGAUAUAGAUUCAAUUUAAGAAUAUGAAAUAUAUAUGAAGCAUAACAAUUUUAAAUAGGUGGUAAAGGAAUUAAAUCAAAAACCAAAAUAUAUUCGAAAGUUAUUGAAGUUAUAAAAAUACACUUUUAAUUAUUAUGUGAAAGUGAUGGCCAUUAAAAUUAGGGAAUAUUUAGAUGAUGAUGAAAUAAUAGAAAAUGUAUUUAGCAAAUCUUUAAGAAAGAACUAAUGA